AUGAGGCAAAGGCAGAGUGUUGCUGUUUCAUCAGCAGCAGAAACAGACAGAACCCAAAACCCAAUUCCUUCCAAAUCAGACCCACAACAAAAGAAAGUGCAAAGCUUUGAUUUUCUAGGCUCAUCGAAGAAAGUCUUUGCACUCUGCUUCGCUUUUCGAAUAGCGAAUGCUCUGUUGGUUCAAACCUAUUUCAACCCAGAUGAACACUGGCAAGCCCUUGAAGUAGCACACCGCAUCACUUUCGGGUAUGGCCAUUUGACUUGGGAGUGGGAAAAGGGAAUCCGUAGCUAUUUGCAUCCUUUGCUUUUUGCUUUGCUUUACAAACUGCUUGCAGUGUUGGGUCUUGAUACCCCAUGGUUCAUGGUCAGGGCUCCACGGCUGUUUCAGUCCUUUUUUUCUGCGUUUGGUGAUUUAUACUUGUACAAACUCUCUGUCAUCCUCUUUGGGCAUUGCGUUGCAAAGUGGGCUCUUUUUUCACAAUUGACAAAUUGGUUUAUGUUUUACUGCCUCACUCGUACGUUAUCAAAUAGUUUGGAGACUGUUCUUACCCUUGUGAGCCUGUACUACUGGCCCUGUAUGAGGCCUUCUUCCAGCAAACUUCCCUUGGAAUCAAGGAAGUGGGGUUUGAUUAUUGCUGCAUUAGCUUGUGCUAUUCGACCAACAAGUGCUAUCAUAUGGCUGUAUGUUGGACUUCUUGAGCUAUUUGUGACACGUGAUAAACUGAGAUUCAUUUUUCUGGAGGUUGCUCCUAUGGGGCUCCUGGUGCUCGGGAUUACAUUUUUAUUGGAUCGUUUGAUGUACGGCUCAUGGGUCUUAGUACCUCUUAAUUUUCUAAAGUUCAAUUUCCUUUCUGCUGGUGGAGAUUAUUAUGGGACUCACAAGUGGCACUGGUACUUCACUCAGGGAUUUACAGUCAUGAUAUUCUCCUUCUUACCAUUUUCUGUAGCUGGCAUCAUGCAGUCCAAACAUUGGAAGCUUUCUGGCCUUAUUGUAUGGGUUUUGGGACUUUAUAGUGUGCUAGGCCACAAAGAAUUCAGGUUUGUUCUGCCUGUGCUUCCUAUAGCUUUGAUAUUCUCUGGACAUUCAUUAGCUGCAUUAAGAAGUACGAUUUCUGCAAAUGGUAGAGGGAAAGAAUCAUCAAAUAUCCAUAGAACAUGCCCUGCAAAAAUGCAGGUGGCCAUUUUUUUCUUGCUCGCUACCAAUAUUCCAAUGGCCCUGUAUAUGAGUUUGGUUCAUCAGAGAGGAACUGAGGAUGUUACAUACUAUCUAUCCAAAGAGGUGCUUGAUGGAAAAGUGACAAAUAUACUUUUCCUAAUGCCUUGCCAUGCCACACCUUACUACGCGACCGUGCACCACAACCUUCCAAUGAGAUUCCUAGACUGCUCACCAAGAGAAGAGAAAGGAAUCCCAGAUGAAUCGGACCAUUUCAUGAUAGAUCCUGUUGGUUUUGCAUCAGAGUUUGCAAAAAAUUGGUCUUUACCCAGUCACAUUGUAUUAUUUGAUUCGGAAGAAAAACUGUUGAAGGAUUUUCUAAUCUCACAUUCUUUCAAAGAGAUAAAAAGGUUUUUCCAUGCUCACUUCAAAGUGGACCGUGAUCUUCAAGCGUCAGUUGUUGUGUAUGGUUUCACGGGCGACUGA